UCGCUUUUCUGGGACCAGCCCGCGCAAUUGGAAACGAAGAACCUCAGUCUUACGCAAGGCCACGACAAAGGCAAGGCGUCCACGGGCACCACUGCAUCGGCUGAUGUUACUCUGCGGAUACGCGGCAUUAGCUCGGGUAAAGAGCGACAUACGGACCCAAUAGUGACUACAGGGGAUCACAGGAUACUGGAAGUUCUGGCAACAAACCGGGCGCGUCCAUUGAUGCCACACAUUAACUACAAAUCGCAAACACGCAAAUCGGCAGUCUCCACAGCGAUAUAUCUUGCGCUCUAUCCCUUGCUCCUCUCCCUGUGGCUUCUCCGGCAGCUCAUUAUUACCAGACAGUACCUUGCCUUGGCGCAUGCGAGCGAAGCAGCGAAUUUCAUUAUGAGAUUGGGCCUGUUUGUGGAGCAUCUAGGGGUGACUCUGGUUGAUAAUGUGAACUUUGGGGGUAGUCGGUAUGGAACUGUCCGCGUGCUCUUCCUGAGUGCAUACAGUACCUGGCGGUUCAUUGGGUUUUUCCUCUUUGUGUUGCCUCAGAGAAGAGUGGCAAAUGCCCUAUGGUAUCAUGUCGGCUCCCAAAUACCCAGCUCAAGCAAGAACGACCGGGGCGGUGACUCUAUGCUUCCUACUCUGGAGGGCGAGGCCGCUGAGAAAAAGAUACACAAAGGAUCGUAUGCUAAAUCCACAUCAAUGAUGGUCAGAGUAUUUGUCACGGCUGUGGUAGUGCUGUUUGUCGAGGAAUAUGUCUAUAAUGUGUAUUCAUUGACCGGCAGUGCAAAUCCAAGCGAGGUGGAGUUGAUAUUGAGCCGUAUGCGCGAGCAUAUUUGGAAGCUAAGUGAUGUCAUUCAACAUGUGGCAUGCUGGUGGUUUAUCAUACUCUCUAUUCCGUCUAUCAUGAUGGCGUUCGGGUGUAAGUCGGGCACAUGCGUGCCAGUUGCGUACCAGUUACUUCGUGUGUCCGAGUUUGCUGUAAUCGGAGCGAUCUGCUUCUACGAAACUCCCAAGGCACUUCUACAGAUAUCUGAAAUGGAGUAA